AUGGUUCGCCUGUCCACCCCGGCCCUCUUGGCAUUCGUCGCCCUUGCCGUCGCAACGCCCCAGCCCAUCACUCCCGACCCCUCCGGAGCCAAAAACGUCGGCAACGGCGCCGGAAAGCAGUUCAUCACCGGCGCCUGCAGGAGCACUGCCGACUGCGCCCAGCCCGCCUGCUGCGCCGGAAUCGCCGGCGACUCUUCGAUUGGCAUCUGCUCCGGCCUGGCUGUUGGCAACGCAGCCGGAAAGACGGGCUGCGGCUUUGGCGACGGCGGAGCCAGGGCUGCACCUGCUCCUGCUGCUGCUGCUCCCCCUCCUCCUCCCGUCGCCGCUCCGGUCGCAGCCCCUGCAGCCGGCAACAUGAGCACCGGAGGAGCCGCCGCCGUGGUGUCCGGCACGUGCCCUGUCGACUCUGCCAAGUCGGGCAGCCAAAACGUCGGCAAGGGCAACAAGUCCCAGUUCAUCACGGGCCAGUGCCUCAGCAAGGCCGACUGCGCGUCCAACUGCUGCGUCGGCCAGGCCAGCGGCGCUGGCGAGUGCAGGGCUGAGCUCGUCGCGACCCAGGCCGGGCUCAGCUGCGACUUUUCCUGCACUGCCUGA